AUGUAUAUGAAAAGUUAUUAUCCAAUCCACUAUACUUCCAUUUCCCCUUCUUUAAAUAACUGUCCCAUUUCAUCAUUAUUAUUAUUGUUCCACACUCCAUUGGGCUGUCCAAUGCAUUUCUUGUUCUGCUGUCGUUUGAUUGUGAUUCCCCAGUUCCAAAUACUAUCCCCCACCACGGCGGUGUAUACUCCCAUUAGAAUGAACACAACUCAGCCCCACCAUUUCCAUAGCAAACCAGAAACAAUGCCGCAGACAGAGGGUCCAAUUGCCAACACCAAUGGAAACACAAUCCAUUCAGAGUGA